CUAGUUAGACAAGAGGUCAGGUGUGCCGCUAUUAUGAAGCACUCGUCGGUAUCCUAUCAAUAAUAGCCUACCAUGCGAUGCCAUCUGCGGUUGCUUCGUUAGUUAUCAAUGUGACACUAAAGUGGAUCGUUUAACAGCUAUGGAGAAGUGAAACUUGGUCAUCGUGUGUACGUUGACACGCCUUAUUCAUUCUGUCGUAGUAACUUAUGUCGUAUGGAGAAGUGAAACUUGGUCGACGUGUAACGUUAAGUUAACUAACCCUAUUCAUUCUGUCGUAUCAAACUUCUUCAGUGUACAGUAUAACUUAGACUGAUAGACAGAUAACUGUUUAUCUUAAUUGAUUGUAGGACGACGGCGUACAAGACACACCCCGCGGUAAGACCGCCGAAGACAUGGCGAGAACCGCUGAACUCGCCCAGAAUGGACAUGUAAGACAUGCACUGAACCAAAACAACGUGAAAAAUAUUGCAACAACGAAAAAUGGAUUUCACAAUAAAGUUGUGAAAAAUGGCACCAGCACAGGCACACGACCUCAGCGGCGAGGAGAGGAUUCCUUUGAACAGGCGCCCAUGCAUGUGGCCGUCCUAACCUACAUAGGAUUCGGGAUAGUCACCUUGUUUGGCUACUUUAGAGACUUUCUGCGGGCAGUUGGGCUGGAGAAAUGCCAUGUUGCUCAGGAGCGGGAUGAACAAAAGGACUUUGUUCCCCUUUACCAAGAUUUUGAGAACUUUUACACCCGUAAUCUAUACAUGAGGGUACGUGACAACUGGAACCGGCCCAUCUGCAGCGUGCCCGGUCCCGUGUUUGACCUCAUGGAGAGGGUAACCGAUGACUACAACUGGACCUAUCGGCUGACAGGAAAGACCAUAAAGAAUGUGAUAAACAUGGGGUCCUACAACUACCUGGGCUUUGCCGAGAACAAUGCUGACUUCUUGCAGACUGUGGCGGAUAAGCUGAGCAAGUACGGGGCGGGAGUCUGCGGCACUAGACAGGAGCUUGGUAACCUGAGUAUACAUGAGGAGCUAGAGCAGCUCGUGGCUGAAUUCCUAGGGGUGGAGUCUUCCCUGACAUUUGGAAUGGGCUUCGCCACAAACUCCAUGAACAUACCUGCGCUUGUGGGCAAGGGUUGCCUUAUCUUGAGUGACGAACUCAACCAUGCGUCUCUUGUCUUGGGAGCCAGGUUGUCGGCAGCUACGAUACGAGUGUUCAAGCACAACAAUAUGCAGAGCCUGGAGAAGCUGCUGAGGGAGGCCGUGAGCUCCGGUCAGCCACGCACACACCGGCCCUGGAAGAAGAUCCUUAUCCUGGUGGAGGGCAUCUACAGUAUGGAGGGCUCGUUGGUGCGUCUGCCUGAGAUCAUUGCCCUGAAAAAGAAGUACAAGGCCUACCUGUUUCUGGACGAGGCCCACAGUAUAGGUGCAGUGGGGCCCUCGGGACGUGGUGUGGUUGAGCACUUCGGAGUGGACCCACGGGAUGUGGACGUGCUCAUGGGAACCUUCACCAAAAGCUUUGGGGCUGCCGGGGGCUAUAUUGCUGGCAAAAAGGAGCUGGUGGACUACCUGCGUACCUACUCCCACAGUGCUGUCUACGGCUCCGCCAUGUCCCCGCCAAUCACUGAGCAAAUCAUCAGAGCCAUGAAGUGCAUCAUGGGAGCAGAUGGGACCAAAGAGGGGCACCAGAGAGUGCAGCAGCUGGUGGAGAACGUCCGGUACUUCAGGUCGCGUCUGCAGGAGAUGGGCUUCAUCAUUUAUGGCAACGUGGACUCUCCCGUGAUCCCUCUGCUGCUCUACCUACCAGGGAAAGUCGUGGCUUUCUCUCGAACCAUGCUGCAGAAGAACAUUGGCGUGGUGGUGGUAGGAUUCCCAGCCACGCCAAUCACUGAGGCCCGGGCACGCUUCUGUGUGUCGGCUGCCCAUACCCGACCCAUGCUGGACAAGGUGCUACAGGCGCUAAACGAAACCGGUGAUCUGCUUCGGGUGAAGUUCUCCCGCCACAGGCCCUCGUUGCGGCCAGCGCUCUACGACGAAACAGACUAUGAGCUGGAUAGCUGAUACGACGCAGAAACCUUUCAGCGACCUGCACAGAGAGCUCUAGUCCUGAGGGACAGUCCAUAUGAAGUUCAUAGUCCUCCAUUUUGGGAGGAACUGGGAUCCGUGUGCUCCUAUUACUACAGGGCUCUUUCUUAGUUUGAACGACUGCUUCUCAGUCCCCCAGAAGAGACAGGAUUCUAUCCCACCAGGCCUCAGUGGCGGUGGCUUUAGGAAAUGAGACACUCCUAACUGUGGACACUCAUAAAAAUGUUCUUCAGGCUCCUGUCUUUUAUGUCGCCCAUAAUCAUGAUCGAAAUCUGCGGCCGCUGGGACCAGCACUGUCAUAAAGGGGAAGCUGAAGAUGAAGGAAUAUGAAAGACCUUCAAAAAGCUGCUGCAGAUUAAACAGAAAAAACAGACAGAGCAAUAGAUUACAAACAGAACCAGACAAUUAACUCUCCAUCGCUGACCUACAUCACUAGUCCAAGAGAAGAUUGCGGAGCCCUUGAAGUGGUCGUUUUUCUCAACAGCUUUUUUUGCAGUGUCGGGAGAACGACCACCAUGGAGAGCACACAGUUAUGAGUUUGGAUGAUUGAGAGGGCGUAAGCAGGAGACAUGUUUUUUUGUUGAGAUUUACGCCACCAAUGGAAAAAGUUUCAUCUCAGCUGUGGUUAUUUUGAUGUUAUUUGUGAUCUACACGUUUGUCAGACUUCCCACACACACACUAAUGCAUUACCACAAUUACCCAUUUCAGAACGUUCUGUGAUGAACCGGUGCCUAUAAAUAAUACAGAACGAUUACACUUUAAUGACACAUGAUGAUUUCAGAAUGAUAACUUAAUUUCCGCUGUCAACUCUCAGUGUGGGGGGUUUACUGUUGUAUGUGCUCAUCUUUGUUGUCAUAUUUGCACGAUUCUGAAUUCCCCUGUUCGCACGUGUGUGGCAAACAGUCUCUGUAGAAACCGUACUGUUUUCCUGCAAAUACAAAGCAAUCUCUAACAACCUUCCUGAGGUAUAGUUUAGUGUCAAGACAAGUGAGUUCCAGCUUGUUCAUCUGUGUUUGAUUCUGUCAGCAGCUUAAUUGUUGCAUUUCAAGUCAAGGAGAGGCGCAACACAAACACGUAAAUGUCUGAUUUCUUUGAAGGUAAGCAUCCAGAGUGUGCAUUAUGACAGCCAACAUCAGAAUUACCUGACAGGCAAGAGCCCACAUUUCUUCAGGUAUAUAAUAAUUAAUUUGUUUAAUACCAGAGGGAAUCUAGGCUACAAUAAAUAUCUCACCGAAUGACAGCCAGAGGCAUAGCCUGCACUUGUUCGGUCCAACCCCCCCGACACAAUGUUUGUCUAUUUUCGUGGAUUGAAAUACUAUGGAGACAAGUAGACUCUCUGAAACAGAAUUGAAUACAAUGACAUGAUAGGAUAAUUUGCUGUUUGUUGAUUUUGAUAACAUGCAUGGAUACGGACUAUUUGCUCUUCAAAACAGAGACAACUACUUGGUCUGCUCUCAGAGAAAAUGUUCCCUUUUUACUCUGCAUCGGUUUUCCUUUGUUUGCCUUUUCUCUUGAUGGGAAAUUGUUCUGUUGCACUUAAUACAGUGGUACUGUACAUCUUGUAUUUUGGAAGGAGUCUCGAAAUGUCAGCAUUACUUGCUGAAGCAAGCAACAAUAUUAAAGCAACAUGAAACUA